GACAUUUCCUGACAAAAUUUUAAAGUAUUUCAAAACAUCAAAAUAAACAGUAUAUAAUUUUAUAUUUUAUUCAAAAUCUUUAAGUGAAAAAUCUUAAAUAUGGAUUCUGUGAUUACUCCUGAACCACAUUAUAUGCCUGGCUACACUGGACAUUGUCCGCAAUUUCGUUUUCGCCAGGGUAAAACCUUUUCAAAAUUAACUCAUCAACUGUUACUCGAUCCAUGUGCCAAACAUGCAUCGCAAUUGAUAUUAACAACGCCGACGGAACCGCUCAAAGCCACAGAAGGACCCUCGGAAAAGGAAAUACAAAUUUUACAAAAUCGUAAAAAUUUCCUUGAUACGAUUUAUCAACCACCCAUUAUUCCCGGAUAUGAAGGAUUUAUACCAAAUAUGAGUAAUAAAACGGGACAACGUUAUCUGAUUGCUGCCACCAAGGGUGUGGCUGAGCAUGAAAUAUUGGCCGAACGUUUGCGUUGUGAAAAACGUGCCUUGAGGCAUAGAGAUUUGCUGGGCAGUGGAAAUGGUUUAUUUGAUGCAAAGUUGAGGGAACGGAUGAUGCCCCAGACAAAGUAUCGUGCACCUUUGGUUCCAGUUUUAACUAGGGGUCAAGCGGUGAAUAUAGAGGAUUGCAAGAAUUUGAAGAAAGAGAAGUUACCAUAUUCCAAGUUCACUACACCUCAUUUUAUGGAAGAUGACGAUGAAGAUAAAUAUAUUAUUAAUGGUUACGCCGGUCACAUACCCAUGACAAUGGCCCAUUACGGCCAGAGCAGCAAACGGCUGACAAACAGUGCCCUCUGUGAGUUUACAAAUAAUUAUCAUCACCGACAAAGUGCCGAAUGGUGUCCCAUGGAGUUGACAGGCAUUGCCAGUUCCUGUCCCAAUGCGGGACAAUUUGUCAUCUAUCAUCGGACAAUCGGAAUGAUGCCGAACUAUGCAGGUCAUGUGCCAGGCGAAGCGUUUGCCAUCGGUCGGACGUAUGGCAAUGCAACAGUUAAUGCCAAAUCUUGGCUGGCACUGCACAAGGAUUGAUGGGAGUGUGUGAGUGAGUGCGUGUGGAUGGAUGGAUGGUGGAGUGAUGCGAUGCGAUGUGGUAAUGAUAGUGCUAAUGGCAUGUAAUUGUUGGUGUUGUUGUAGCAGUUCCAUGGCACAAAAAAGGGAGUGCGUAAAUAUUGUGCUGUUGUUUCAAAUUCAAUGUUAUUCGAAAGUUUGGUUCGCAUGAGAAUAAAGUUUAGUUUUUAUAAGAAAUAUA